AUGGCCAAUCCCAUUGCGGCUGCCAUUGCCCAAGCUCAAGAAACAAUUCUUGCUCAACUAAACACUCUUUGGACCAGUCUGGGAGCAAAUGUAUCUGAUAGCCUACCUGUUCAUCCCCCUGCCCCCAAUCUUCCAGCUAGAGCCCAAGUUCUGCCACCCAUUAUUUUACUUAACUCAUCUAUUAGUGAAACUUCUGGGCCUGAACUUGACCAGGAGCUAGCUUGUCUGGGUCACAUCAAGAACCUGGCCCAAGCUCCAGGACAUAUGUUAAAUGUCUUACAAACAGGGCUUACAUCGGAACAAGCGUUAUUGCUACGAAACCUGCUCGACUCAUACAAGAAUCUACCUCCGCUCCUCAAGCAGGUCAUUAAUCGAAGCGACUCUACCCCCUCCGCCAACAGGUACAAGAAAAAGUGGAUGCCAUGUAUCAUGGCGAUAAUGAUCUGGCAAAAAUGCUACGAAGACAUGGUCAGGGCGAUGGAGAACGCUGCUUACAGCGAUACAUAUCCCUCUCUAGGCCAAACAACGCGAGAUAAAGAUGCCUUGCCUACCACCAAAGCACGUUCUAAGCCCACCCGGAACACGACUAACAAGCAGAACAAUCAAGAUAAGUAUUUUUACUCGUACAAUGCCUCGGCGGAAACCAAAAAGGUUCGCAAAAAGGCCAGGAAUGAGUAUGAUGAAGAGCAAAUUACCGCAAAAAAGCGUAAACCCGGAAAGACGACUAGGGAUGUUGGUUUUGAGGAAGAGGAAGAGGAUGAAACGGAUGAAGGUUGGUUUGACCAGAAAAACCUAUUACUAUGGCUGCAUAUGGGCAGUCGCUCAAAGAAAUUCAACAAUGCACAAGGGAAUAUAUUCAACUCGAUCCGCUCAAAAACCAGCGCGCACUCGAGAACGUUGUGCGAGCGCGGUAUGACUCCAGUGGAGCUUGAACACAAAGCCAAGGCCGCCGGCAACAAACUACACAAGGAGAUUGAGAUACUAAAAUUUUGGCACGCUGACAAGGAAGCUGAUGACAUCAACCUUCAAACACAGCUCGCCCAGGUUCAGAUUAUACUCGAGAAGCAGAUAGGAUAUCGGAAUGCCGUCGAGACCAAACUCGUAGAGGUCAAUAUAAGACUGUCCGAAGAGGAUUAUGCCAAUGGAAACUAA